UGAUCAGCUGAUGCUCCAUCAGGACUUUGUUUCAGGUUCAGGCAUUUUCAAAAUAAUAUUGGAAGAGAGUAAGAAUGACGUUGUCCUACAGUUACAUGCCGGAUUAUUUUUCUCUGACGGAUAUUUUGUGUACGGAGGAACGAAUAUCGUGCAAAGUAGAAGUCACGCUACCUCGCUUGGGUUUUCUAGAUCUUUCCUCUGAAUCAGAGGAUCUAAAACCAGGUACGAGGCUGGAACUUCCACUAUGGUUGGCGCAACCGCUGAACAAGGUGAAAGAAUCAAUAGUCAGUGUGGACAUACCGAAAACGUAUAAGGAGGGCUACAGGGAAAUUUUAUUAGCAGACGCUUGUACCGUUGUAUUGAAUAAAUGGAAUCCCUAUUAUUACGAACUGGGAAUGUGUUUGAGGAAGUUCAACAACCGCGAUUGCGAGAUAAUAAUUGACAGUUUGCUCUUAACUUUCAGAUCGCGAUUCAGACUAGUCAUGGACUGGGCACAAAAUCCUAUUUCCGAUCCUAUGCUCAACAGCUUACUGCCGAGAUUGGAGAGAGAUUUGUUCCUUACUGGCAGGAAGGCCAAGCUGCAACUGAAUGAAUGGCUGAGAAAAGGUUCGUGCGUUAUCGAAACUUCGCAGAGCGCCGUGAAUCUUAAGAAGCGAAAACGAAUGGAUUACGAACUGGAUUAGAACGUGCACUGCAUACGAUAUAUGUGAUAAAACAGGUAUUGAGUACACCGCAAUUGUAUACUUAUGCAAUAUAAUUUUUUAUACGAAUGAUUAAUAAAAUAAACGCGUGAUAUAAGUGUAAUAUUAAAUAAAAUUUAUUGUCUUAUACAUUGAACUACAUAUCCCUUUAUUUAAAGAUACAAAUAUAUGUAUCUAUGUAUAUAUACUUAUUACUUAUUAAAUAACAAGUAAAAAUUUUAUUUAUAUAUAUACAUACAUGUCUUCAUAUGGAAUCAGUCACAUUCGAACUGCCAACAAUAUAUAAAGAAUCAUACAACAAAAUGUGAUAAUAUCUAUUUCACAACCCAUGACUAAAAAUUGUUAAAAUGUCUUAGAUAUAUGCAUUAAAACAACUAAUAUAUUACACUUUCCAGUGGAAUAUCGUUUUUAUUAACAAUGAUAAAUCGCGCGCGUUUCUUUUCUCGUUACUAAUUUAUGCCUUACAUUACAAACGUUAAUGUUUACUAUACUCUUCGUACAAAAAUAUAAAAUAUAUA